AUGCUGGCUCUUCUUUAUUCGGCAUUGCUUGUAAGCAGUGCUGCAGCCGAAGUCGUUCUCCCAUUCGGCACUAGUACUCGACCAACCUUUCUUCAACACUACCGUGGCUUCACAAAGCCCGCAGCCAGAAAAAUGGGAGACCAGAAAGUCAUGGUCGAUUGGAGUCCCCAGGACAUGGCCAAAGAGUAUCAAAAAACUUCACCUGAUUCAACGCACUACAUCUACCUCGCAUACAUCACCUCCGAUAUCACCACGGCAUGGUACUAUAGAACAGCGGGACCCAGAGAAGAGCAACAGAUGGACUCCGAGGGCCGUCAGGGGGAUGGGACCAAUGACGUGUCCUAUACCACCGCAUCUGAGCUGGCAAGUUGGGGCCCGUGGUCUUGGAAGCAUAUUCGAGGGUGGUACAUGGUUGCACCCGGCAAGGCCCAAGAAUGGCAUAGGAACCAGUUCUACGCAGGACCGCGCUUCUCAGACGAGCAUCCUGAGAAGUAG